CAGGAUUCAGCUCGGACGUGUCAUGAGUAUAGAAAACUGAGUGGAGACUAUCGACAUAGGUGACUUUAUUCGCUACAAAAAGGAUACAUCUGCCGCGACAAAAGUUUGACUACAGUUGUUCGAGUCAUUUUAGGUGUCGUGUGGAUCUGGAUUCUUGCACAUGUGAGUUUUACUCCAGAAUGGAACCCUGGCCUAUUAUGGCCUGGGGCUUAAUGCUGAGCGCCAUCGCUGGCUGGAUAAAAACUGUUCAAUCGAGGGACUUCACGGAAAAAGACAUCAUUUUCCUUCAUCCCUCAACCACUCCAUAUCCAGGUGGAUUUAAAUGUUUUACCUGUGAAGACGUUCCUGACAACUAUGCAUGCAAUCGGUGGGCUCCAGACCAGUACUGUCCAAGAGAAAGCCGGUACUGCUACACACUUCAUAAGAUGAGCUGGGAUGGAAACACAGUUGCGGUGACCAAGCGUUGUGUGGCACUGGAUGACUGCCUUUCCACAGGGUGCACUGAUAGCGACCAUGAAGGAAACAAGGUCUGCACUUCCUGUUGUGAAGGGAACAUCUGCAACUUGCCCCUCCCACGAAAUGAGACUGAUGCCAUUUUUUCCACCACGUCCCCCAUUAACAAAAGCUUGCGGCCAACGCAGAGUCUCACACUGCUGUCUGUCUGUAUAGUCAGUCUGGUACUUCACAGUAUUAACUUUGAGACCCAUCCAUGAUGGAUGAAACCCACAUGGCAGUCGUUUAGGAUGUGGUUGACUUUUCUCAAAAUGAAGUGUGACAUUUUAUGUUUUCAUACUAAUGUUUACUAUGACAAAUUGUAUAGUGGGCUACAGAAAUAGGGUUUAAAACCUUUGGAGCCAUGCUUCUCAAACUGUGUGUAAUAUCUGAUCGAUUGAAUAUCACUUUUGUUACACUGGACAGAGUGUUGGGUGAAUGCAGAGGGGGAUAUUUACAGCAAACUGAAGCAAUCUGCACAAUUUUUUCUUUUAAUCAAAUGUGAGUUGUGUUGUAUACAUUUGUAUAGAUAUAUUUAUUUUUUUAUCAUCCUUUUUUGUAGGAAACCUCAACGGUGUGUUACAUGUUAGAUCAAAGCGUGAUAUUAGGGCCUAACCUAAAUAACUUUCCGCCCAUAAUAGGUAACUCCUCUCAUCAUUGUUGUCAUUGAGAUAAAGUCAAACGGUUAUUUUUGUCAACAUGGGAAAAGGGCUUGGCAUCUAGGAAACAGUAUGGAAAAAAGAGCUACCUUCCUCAGCCCUAUACAUCAAACAUUGUGUAAGCUUUUGCACUUCCAUUUGUUCUUUAUAUCAUAUUGACACAUUCUUAAAGCACUUGUGUACAGAUGUUUGUCACAUGGAAGUGAACUUAUAAUACUUCGUGAACAUGUUGCCUCCACAUUAUAGCAUAGGGAAGGGCAGUAAGAUUAUUAUGUAUGUUUCUAUAACACAUUUGUCAAUCAGUUGUUCUGUUCUGUAAAAUCAAAAACAAGUUCACAAAUAAGUGUUGACUUCAGUGUUAUUUUGUAAUGAAUUAUCUGUUGUCUGUAUGGUAUUAUUUGUUAAAGCGAUCCUAAAGCUGUUUCUUGUCAGUCAGUUUGCUUCUUAAACUUUUAGAAAGUUAUGACAUAUAUUGUAGCAUUUACGCUGAAAUCAGUUUUAACUGGGGGCAUGAUUAUCACGGAAGGGCUUUUGUCUCUUUACUCAGGUAGACCAGCCAGUGCCAGUUCAGUAAUGCCCAAAAACUUUGUAGUGACUUAAUGUCCACACAUAAAAUAUCAUAAUAUAUCAUAAUAGAAUCAUUUGUCGUCAGCUCAGACUAAUAACAUUACAUACAUUACAAACACUUGAUAUGUAAUAAGUUUGCAUGAUUUUUUCUCUUCUUUUCUACUCUAAGAAGUCAAGAAUGCUGCAUGCCCAUGUGUGCCAAGUCCGUUGUUAAUGUAGAUAUUUUUCAACACCUUUAUAAUAUACUUCUGUACAUAGUUUUUGGAAAUGCUAAGGAUUAUAAUGUGUUAAAUCAUGCAUUCGGAGUAAAUUCAUAGCACGUCUGUGGUUGUUUCCUACCUGUUUUGUAUUAAAUGUAAAUCCAUAAUGUUUACUGUUAUUUUGUUUACUGCUAAUAAAAGCAAAAGUCAAAAAUGA